GUCCUUUCAUAAGUCGAAUGAAGAAUAAACAUUGAGUUGCAAAAAUCUAAAUUCUUAGACAUUGAAAAUGUCAGACACUCCAAGACCAAAGCUUCCGGCUAACAAGAGCCCAAUAGUAAGUAAUCCCGAUGGCAGUUUUACGCGACUACUUGAAAUACCAUCCAUUCCCGCGACACCUGACGACGAUGGACACACUCCUGUUCUUAGUAAAGACAUUCCUAUGAAUUCCGAGAAGGGGACUUGGUUCCGAAUAUUCAUUCCACGACAAGUACUUAAUAGUACUCAGAAACUCCCCCUGUUGGUAUAUUAUCAUGGUGGUGGUUUCGUGUUCAUGAGCGCUGCCUCGGCCACAAGUCAUAAUUUUUGUGCUAAACUAGCUUCUCAGCUCCAUGUAGUGGUGGCUUCAAUCGAGUAUCGUCUUGCCCCUGAACACCGCCUGCCUGCUGCGUAUGACGAUGCAGUAGAAGCUUUGCAUUGCAUCAAGAUGAGCCAAGAUAUUUGGCUCCAUCAAUAUGCUGACUUAUCUAAUUGUUUCCUUGGCGGCUCUAGUGCAGGGGGCAAUAUAGCCUAUCAUGCAGGACUACGUGCAGCUGAUAUAGUUGAUGAUCUUGAACCGCUGAAGAUAAAAGGGCUAAUUCUGCAGCAACCUUUUUUUAGCGGUUUAGAAAGGACAGAGUCAGAAAUAAGACUAGGAAGCGGUUCAAUUUUGACCCUUGCAGGCAGCGAUCAUAUGUGGAAUAUGUCGCUGCCAGUUGGUGUGGAUCGUGAUCAUGAGUACUGUAAUCCGUUGAUUGGAGGUGGAUCGGUUAACAUAGAGCGCCUACGGGUCCUGGGAUGGAGGGUACUUACAUGUGGUGGUUCUGGGGAUCAUUUAAUUGAUAAGCAGAUGGAGCUGCACAGGAUGUUGGAGGAGAAGGGUGUACAGACCGCGCUAUAUCUUGGAGACGGCUAUCAUGGUAUGGAGCUUAUGGAACCUUCGAAAGCUGAUGGACUUAUUGAAGCUGUAAAGCAGUUUGUUUCCUCAACAGUGUCCUAGUGGCGGCAACAGAGUACUUUAAACUAAAAUAGAUUAAUUAUCAAUUGAGGUCAAGUUUACAGAACAAUAAUUCGACAUUCUCUAUGUAUUUGAGAUGCAACCAGGAACAUUCCUAUACCUGCGGAAUUCCUAUGCUCUAUAUAUUGAGAUACUUUAUACAAUUCAAGAAUAA